GCGUCAGGUGCCCGGAAACGGGAAGUGGGGACAGAAGGCCUCCUUCCGCUGGCCGCUCGUCUGAGGGGCGCGUCCGAGUAGCGGGUCCGCCGGGGCCCAGUCUUGUCCUGGUCUUGGAGGACCUGCCUGGGCAUCGCCGGGCUCGUCCGGCCUUGCGCUGGGUAAAGAUGACGGCAAUCAAGCAUGCAUUACAGAGAGACAUUUUUACACCAAAUGAUGAACGCCUGCUGAGUAUUGUCAAUGUCUGCAAGGCAGGAAAAAAGAAAAAAAACUGUUUUUUGUGUGCCACAGUGACAACUGAGCGCCCCGUGCAGGUGAAGGUGGUCAAAGUCAAGAAGUCUGAUAAAGGAGAUUUCUACAAAAGGCAGGCUGCGUGGGCCCUCCGCGACCUGGCUGUGGUGGAUGCCAAGGAUGCUGCCAAAGAAAAUCCUGAAUUUGAUUUACAUUUUGAAAAAAUAUAUAAAUGGGUUGCUAGCAGCACUGCUGAGAAGAAUGCAUUUAUUUCAUGCAUUUGGAAAUUGAAUCAGCGCUAUCUCCGGAAGAAAAUUGAUUUUGUCAAUGUUAGCUCACAGCUUUUGGAAGAAUCUGUUCCGAGCGGAGAAAAUCAGAGUGUGACAGGAGGCGAUGAAGAAGCAGUGGAUGAGUACCAAGAGUUAAAUGCAAGAGAGGAGCAGGAUAUUGAAAUAAUGAUGGGAGGCUGUGAGUGUGCAAUUUCUAAUGCAGAGGCCUUUGCAGAAAAGCUGUCCAGAGAGCUGCAGGUGCUAGAUGGGGCCAACAUCCAGUCAAUCAUGGCCUCGGAGAAGCAAGUGAACACCCUCAUGAAGCUGCUGGAUGAGGCUCUGGAUGAGGUGGAUCAGAUCGAAGUGAAGCUGAGCAGCUAUGAGGAAAUGCUCCAGAGCGUGAAAGAGCAAAUGGAUCAGAUCUCAGAGAGCAACCACCUGAUUCACCUUAGCAACACCAACAAUGUCAAACUCUUGUCCGAGAUAGAGUUCCUUGUGAACCACCUGGACUUGGCCAAAGGUCACAUAAAGGCGCUUCAGGAAGGAGACCUGGCGUCCUCACGAGGCAUCGAGGCCUGUACCAAUGCCGCAGACGCCCUCCUGCAGUGCAUGAAUGUGGCUCUUCGACCAGGCCACGACCUGCUUCUGGCAGUCAAGCAGCAACAGCAGCGUUUCAGUGAUUUGCGGGAGCAUUUUGCCAGGAGGCUAGCCAGUCAUCUCAACAAUGUUUUUGUUCAGCAGUUUACUCAGGCCCUCCUUCAGCUCUAUAACAGGUCCUACUUUCUUUCGGUGCCUGGUCAUGAUCAGAGUUCCACUCUUGCUCAGCACUCAAUUGAGCUGACUUUACCUAAUCAUCAUCCAUUUCAUAGAGACUUGCUCCGAUAUGCCAAGCUGAUGGAGUGGCUGAAGAGUACCGACUACGGAAAGUAUGAGGGGCUAACAAAGAAUUACAUGGAUUAUAUAUCACGACUCUAUGAGAGAGAAAUCAAAGAUUUCUUUGAAGUUGCAAAGAUCAAGAUGACCGGCACAACUAAAGAAAGCAAGAAGUUUGCUACACUGCCCCGAAAAGAAAGUGCUGUCAAACAGGAAACAGAGAGUCUUCAUGGAAGUUCCGGGAAAUUAACAGGAUCUACGUCUAGUCUAAACAAACUCAGUGUUCAGAGUUCAGGGAAUCGCAGAUCUCAGUCAUCUUCUUUGUUGGAUAUGGGGAACAUGUCUGCCUCUGACCUUGAUGUUGCUGACAGAACCAAGUUUGAUAAGAUCUUUGAACAGGUUCUCAGUGAGCUGGAGCCCCUGUGUCUGGCAGAACAGGACUUCAUAGGGAAACUUUUCAAACUGCAGCAACAUCCAAGUGUGCCAGGAAUGAUGACUGAAGCAGAGGACCUCGAUGGCGGAACAUUGUCACGGCAACAUAAUUCUGGCACACCACUGCCUGUUUCGUCUGAGAAAGAUAUGAUCCGCCAAAUGAUGAUUAAAAUAUUUCGCUGCAUUGAGCCAGAACUCAACAACCUUAUUGCAUUAGGAGACAAAAUCGAUAGUUUUAACUCCCUUUACAUGCUAGUCAAAAUGAGUCAUCAUGUGUGGACUGCCCAAAAUGUGGACCCUGCCUCUUUUCUGAGUACUACAUUGGGAAAUGUUUUGGUGACUGUCAAAAGGAACUUUGACAAAUGUAUUAGUAACCAGAUAAGGCAAAUGGAAGAAGUAAAGAUCUCAAAGAAGAGUAAAGUAGGAAUUCUUCCAUUUGUGGCUGAAUUUGAAGAAUUUGCUGGACUUGCAGAAUCGAUCUUUAAAAAUGCUGAGCGUCGUGGAGACCUAGAUAAAGCAUAUACUAAACUUAUCAGAGGGGUGUUUGUUAACGUGGAGAAAGUGGCCAACGAAAGCCAGAAGACGCCCAGGGAUGUAGUCAUGAUGGAAAACUUUCACCAUAUUUUUGCAACACUUUCUCGUUUGAAAAUCUCAUGUCUAGAAGCUGAAAAAAAAGAAGCCAAACAAAAAUACACAGACCACCUUCAGUCUUACGUCAUUUACUCUUUAGGACAACCUCUUGAAAAGCUAAAUCAUUUCUUUGAAGGUGUUGAAGCUCGGGUAGCACAGGGUAUAAGAGAGGAGGAAGUAAGCUAUCAGCUUGCAUUUAACAAGCAGGAGCUCCGGAAAGUUAUCAGAGAGUAUCCUGGGAAGGAGGUGAAAAAAGGCCUGGACAACCUCUACAAGAAGGUCGAUAAGCACCUGUGCGAAGAGGAGAACCUACUGCAGGUCGUGUGGCACUCCAUGCAGGACGAAUUUAUCCGCCAGUACAAGCAUUUUGAAGGUUUGAUAGCGCGUUGUUACCCCGGAUCUGGUGUUACAAUGGAAUUCACCAUUCAGGACAUUCUGGAUUAUUGCUCUAGCAUUGCACAGUCCCACUAGCCCUCAUAAAAGAAGAAAGACAAAUGAAAAAGGCACCCUGCGUACACCAGACACUAUUCAGAAAUAUCAAGCAACUGUUUUGAGAACCCAGACUUGAAAUUUUAUGUUACUUAAGUGUCAUAAAUGGAGAAUACCAUACCACAAAUAUUCAGGAAUGAAAGUACCAACCUAUGUAGUAGUUUUAUUUGCCCAAUAGGUUGUGUACUAACUUAAAGCAUUUAUGUCAUCAUAAAUGCCUUUAGCAUUUUUCUAUGCCUAAACCAGAAACCUUCCUUUAAUGCCUUGCUUCUUGUAUUUGAGAGUGGUUAUCCUUUGUCGAAUGCAUUGGGUGUUCUUCAGUUUUCACUAGUACAGCAUCACUUGGAAACCAUGCAACUACUAAAAUACAUAUAGAAUUUUUUCCCUUUGCCUAAUGUGCGUAUGCAUAGGGAUCUUGUGAUGUAAACCUGGAUCACUUGUAAACAUGGAUUUUGAGGAUUAUGUGACUGUAGCUAUGAAUCUGAAAUAAAGAGAUUUUCAAAAAAAUCAAAA